AUGAUAUCCAAAUCAACUCUAAACCGUUUCUAUUGGUACUGCGCAAAAUUAUCUCAACCUUCAAUAGUUCUAUUGAUUUUUACUAUAAGCUGUGUUGCAUUCAUUUUCUCUAUUAAUACUUCCGAGAAUCGGUAUUUUGAGAGUACUGAUGAAUUAUCAUCUUUGGUUGAAAGCCAAAAAGUCAGUUUUGAAAAAGUCAACUCGCCGUCUGUCGUGGCUCCGAUAGAAACAUCAAAAAAUCUGAAAACCACAUCGAAAUCGGCCUCUCCGAAACCUCCUAUUCCCCAGGAAACAAAACUCAAAAGCCCAACAAAUUGCGUUUGCAAGUCUGAAAAAUCUGGAAAACCCCACAGUUUUUGUUAUGUGGAUCCUCAGAAUCAGACUUCCAUAGGAAAGAAGUUCGAUUGCUCACAUCUCAAUAUUCUAGAAAGUCUUGCUGGAAAAUAUAUUUUAUACUCUCUGGCUUUGUACUCGUAUCAAAUCAAACGGAUACAAUCCAAGUUAAAAAAUCUCGAAAUUCGAACUUUCAAUACAACUGGAUACCCGAGUUAUGUGACUCAUUGGAAGGAGUAUCGAUUCAAAUCAUUGAUUAUCGCAGAAGUUAUGAAGGAAUAUUCAAAUAUUUGGUGGUUAGAUGCGAAUAUUCGAGUAGAGAAAGGAAAUUUGACAGAGCUACUUCGAGAAGAAAUGGGAGAUUUUGUGGAGAAACGGGGAGUUGAGAAUACCUCUUCAGUUUUCUCAUUCGUUUAUACUGGCCAUAGCAACUUUCCAGUAUUGUUCCCAGGUACCAUAAAUCCGAAAAAGUAUAAAAGAUUCAACGUAUUUUCAGAUCUUCUCACAUACUUUCCCACUAAUUCCAUUCCGCUUUUGAAAAAUGUGAAACACGGAUCACAGCUAGGCGCCAAUGCAGUAUUUUUUGCUAAAACGAAAUUUACGAUGGAGGUUUUGAAAUGGUGGGUCCUGUGCUCUCUCGACAAAACGUGUAUGAAUCCACCAGGCGCUCAAGUGUCCUGUCACUUCGACACUGAUAGAAACAACAAGUUCGCUCAUUGUUUUCGAUUCGAUCAAUCGGUUUUGAAUCUUCUGCUACUCAACCGUUUCCAGGAUAAUAACAAGUAUUUCUCCAAAUUGGGAUACCUGUUUUCAAGGACAUCUUGA